GGCCCGCGGUCGAGCGGGGGCCCGGCCGCGGAGCUCCCGGGCGGGGAGGCGGGUUCGCAAGCCCAAAACCAGCAACUUCCCGAUUUGUUUCGUUUUUUCCAGGUGACGCGACAUCGCCUCAGGCUGUAACACGCCGAGUCCUGCGUUUCCCGCCGCCGGGCAAGGAGCUGGGAGCAUCCUAUCGGGAUGGGGGGCCGGCGGUCUCCGUUAGAACCGGGCGUACCGUGCCAGGCAGAGUUAUGGGGUGACCUCGGGGUGUUCGAAGAAGAUGAGGAGCUGGAGGGUUUCAGGAGGGAGGCGGAAGUUCUGCGUGAGAAGCUGAGGGAGGCUCUCAGUCAUACAUCUGGUAACAUAAGGCAGUCCAGUUCUUUGACCGACCUCACCUCAGACAGUACCUGGGAUCAGCAAAAGCCUCACUUGUUUCCUAAAUCCCGCUUGAGGCCAAAAAGCGCUUCAUCUCCCUGGAUUCCUUCCAUCACCAUCCCUCAGCCUUUCAAAAUGACCCUGCGGGAAGCUCGCAAAAAGUCGGAGUUGAUGAAGUCAUACAUGUUUCUUGAACUAGACAAACAGAGAGACAAAAGGCAAAGCCAGGAUGAAGUUGAAUGUCAGAAACAAUUCCGGGCACAGCCUGUACCUGCCCAUGUGUUUCUGCCCCUUUAUCAGGAAAUAAUGGAGCAGAAUGAGAUUCGCAGGCAAGCAGCAACACAGAAAAGAAAGGAGCUGCUACUUUCAACACAGCGGCCCUUCAGUUUUCUGGAGAAGGAAGAGAAAAAGAAAGAAGCGAUCAGACAAAAAUUCCUGGCAGCAGCAACCCCAAAUGAGAGCUCCAAACAGAAGCAAGCCAGUAAAAAAGUUCCUAAAUCUACUUAUGACUCACUUCUUGGAGAUAAACUCAAAGAAGCUGAACUCUACAGGGAAAUCCGUAUUCAAAUGAGAGCAAAGGAUUUGCUCGAGAGCUCAGUAGCUCCUAUAGAUACCAGCAACUGUCGGAGGGAGCCUCAGUCCCGAACAGCCACCAGAACUAAGCAGGAAAAACUUGGCUUCUUACAGGACAAAAGUUUUAGCUUCAAACCAAGGAUUAAUCCAACAAUACCAGAUUUUGAAGAACUUUACUGGGCGUUUCAGAGGAAAACAGUGAGGAGACAAGAAAUCAAAGAGCCAACUCGUAGUAAGCCAUUCAAGCUGAGAACCUCCAAUCUCCAUGCCAGGCAGAGGCAGGCUAAUGAAAAGAGCAAGGAUUCUCAGAAGCUUUCCAAGGUUUCAGUGCAAAAAAGUCACUCCCUGCCUGGACUUUCCUCUCUCUCUUCCAACACCCUUCCUGUGCAUAUUACAGAUGCAACUAGAAAGAGGGAAUCAGCUAUUAGAUAUGCCCAAGAUAACAAAAAGGAAGGGGACAAAGAAGGAAUUUAUUGGCUAGAGAAACAGAAAAUGAAAUGUCAAGCUAUGCAAAAGUCUGUGAACAGCCGAGCAAAAGCACUGGAUCCUCAUAAAAGUCUGAAGGAAACACUAAAGGAGAAGUCAAAACAGAACAGGCAAAAUAUGCAAGAGAGAACAAAAGAAUACAGAAAAGAGCUGGAAGAAAUGAAGCUGCGAGUCAAGAACAGACCAUUCCUUUUUGAGCAGGUCACCAAGCAUGACGCUCGUCAAGGAGCAGAGCGUCGCUACAGACACACCCUCCAGCAGGCUGGCCUAAGCGAAGAAUUUGUAAAGAAAAAAGGGAAAGAUGCCACUGACUUGCUGGAAGAAGAAUCUGAUGUUCACAGGCUGCCUGAGCCUCGGGGUGAAAAGGAUGACUGUACUGAACAGGAAGGAGUACCCCAGGAGGAACUGAGCACAAAGGGAGUUGCAACAUAAAAGCUUGCAGAAGAAUCCAUCAAUCACUUCUUGACUUCUUUAGUUCAAGAUUCUCCUCCAGGUUAAUCCUCAGGAACUUAACAGUUUAAGCUGACACCUAAGAAUUGCUGUGGGGUGAGAUGGGAGAAUUUAGUAAAGAAAAAAAAAAAAACAACUGUUGUUUAGAGCAUGUCUUGUUCAGCCCAGCAAACCCUGCAGUCUCCCUUAGUCUUCAAAAGUGUCCCUUGUGUGAGCUCUUUCCCUUUAAUGGGCAACAAAAGAAGCCAGAGAGGUUGAAGCACUAUCUUUGGAUAAAAAUAGAUAUGAAAGAUUGAAAAGGUAUAUUCUCUCAUGUCAGCUCCUUGCAUUCAUGCCACAGAAGCACACAGGAAAGGGAGCAUGCCUUCUACUGUGCUGAACAUUUUUUUAGACACACGUGUGGUAGAAUGGUUUCAAACAAGGUAUUUCUACAAAAACAAAUACCAGAAUUUGGCCCACCUUGGGAAAAGAUUCAAAGGGAAGUCUUUCUCUGGUGUUAAUUCAUCAUUCACCCACUACCACCUCUGCUUCUUCCCCUCAUUACUAAGAAGCAAUAGUUUUCCUAUAUUAAAAAAUUUCUCACGUGUCACGAUUUAAAAGUGUUUCAACGUCUUACCAAUUUAGGUCAUUAAUUUGGCUCAAAAAACAACCAAUGUUAUGAGGAAGGUUAUAGUUAAACACUUUGAAUGCAUCACUUUGAAUUAUUAUUAUUAUCCUAAUUGUAUGAUUACUGUGAUAUCAAAGAUGGAUUUUGGAGGAAAAAAUAUUAGGUGUUGUCUGCCAGGACGUUACACUCAAAUGUCUAGUGCAUCUUGAAAGGCGUACUUCACACUUUAGCGAUUUCUCUUUACCUGACACUAAUAACCAUUUCAAAAAUAAAAAUCCUUUCCAUCUGGAAUGUUUUCUGAGAAUUUUGCACUUUGAUAUUAAAAUAUUUUUAAAUAGA